AUGGGACAGCCACACAGGGCAGGGACGUCGAGCGGCGCAAGCGAGCUCGCACAGCUGCCCCUCGUCGCCUUCCUCAACGCCUCGCCGUCCCCUUCCCUCGUCCUCGCCCUCGCGCCCCUCGUCCACGCGCUCCGUACCCGCCAGUCCCACCCUGCGCUCGUCUCGCCGACCAAGACGCCGCUCUGGAACGGCCAUGCUGCGCCCGUGCCACAGACAGGCGCGACUCGAACCGCGGGAUCCGGUAUCGGAGGCGACGAGGGCAAGGGGGCGUUCGUACCGACGACGGCCAGCCCAGACACGCUGCCGGGCAUGGUCGAGCUGCUCAACGUCAAGACGCCCGUCGCCAACGCCGUCGAGACGCCAGCGACCUCGGGCGGAGACUACUUUUCCCUCACCGCCGACAUCCAACCCCCUCCUGCCGUCAGCUCCUCUUCCCUCAGCUCCGUCUCGACAGCAUCGACCUCGUCCUCCAUCAACUCGCUCGCCUCAUUCAGCAGCCCUACCGGCGACAAGCCCAUCACGCCUUUGACGGACGUCGACGACCUCGACACGGCCAUGUCUUCGCUCCCCACCUUCUCGCCGGUCUCCGACCCCCGCCAAGUACUCCUCGAGAAACUCCUACCCGCCUUGCAUCCCGUCUACCGCAACGAAGCCUGGCGGAACCUCGAAGCGACGACGCGGCGAAACAGCGCUGCGACGCGUCCGAGCCUCAGCGGGCCGACCGUCGUCCCUCGAGCGAGGGCACGGUGGAACAGGCGGUCGGGUAGCGGAGGAGCGAGGACGAGGCGCACGACGGAGGAGGACGACUCGCUCAUGACGGGCGCGAUGCCAGCUGGGUUCUCGCAGCCCAAUUCGCGCGUCGCGAGUCCGCUCGGUACGGUCGAGGAAGAAGAGACGAGCGGGAUGGACAAGGACGAGGAGGACGGAGCGUCGAUGAGCGGGCUGGACGAGACGGACUACGAGGACGACGACGAGCCGGAGAGCGCUUAUGCGUUCCUUGCGCCCGAGGACCACACGGCGCUGCUCGCGUUCGUGCUCGACCUCGUAGAGGAUAUGGAGCUGUCGACGCCGACGCUCGGAGCGCACCCUUACUCGCCGGGCUCGGUUUCGCCGACGUCGACUCCCGCUUCGGGCGGAGAGGCGCAGUACUCGUCUACCGGUUCGGGCCUGCCCCGCUCAAACUUCUCCUUUGGCCCUGCACCGCGGAUAUCGGGUCGACUGGGCGCGCGCGCACCUCACACAUGCCGCCUCGACGACUUUGUCAUCUCCGCCACGAUCUGUCCCACGCCUGGCUCGUCCUCCUCCUUCGACAUCACCCCUACACAUCCACAGUCCGCCUCGUCGACCGGCACCACGGGCUUCCUCAUCCUCACGAUCCCGCCUCCGACACCCCCUCUCAACCUCACGACCUGGCCACCUCGCUCGACAAACCUCACGAUCCGCAGCUCUCGCACCGCCUCGACCCAGUCCUCCUGCAUCUUUACGACCGCUGCGCCCCCGACCAACCCCAUGCCAGCCGACACCUCGCUCGGCAACGUCUACCAGUCUCCCUCGGCCGAAGCAGCCGUCAAGCUCCAAUCGCUCCACCCUCCUCACUCUCCUACCUCUCUCCCCGUCGACUCCUUACCCCGGCAACUGACGGACCCGUGGUUCGCGUGUCUGGGAGAGACAGAGAUGGGACUGCGGAUACGGAAUCACCCGUGGCAUGAGACGGCGGUGGGUCCGAUCGAGAGCUGGCCGCCUGAACUGAGGACCAUGGUCUCGAGCAUCUUGGCCAGCCCGUUCAGGGAGUGCAUCUUGUGGGGACCCGAGUACACGAUCCUCUACAACGACCACUACGUCGAGACAGCGGGCGAGAAGCACCCCGCCCUGCUCGGUCUGCCGUGCAAGGAAGGGUGGAAGGAGAUCUGGGACGGCUUGGACGGGAUCGCCAAGAGGACGAUGGCGGGCGAGACGUGCUUCUUCAGGGAUCACUAUCUCGCGAUGGAGCGCCUCGGGUUUGUCGAGGAGACUUACCACACCUUCUCGUACGCGCCGUUCUACAGCCACGAUGGCAAAGCGCUCGGCAUCCUCAACCUCUCGAUCGAGACGACCGCGACCGUCAUCGCCGCUCGCCACCUCGCAACCGUCCGCGACCUCGUCUCCAACACGAGUCUCGCCCGCACCGUCGACGACUUUGCCGAGUGCGCCUUGCGGUCCCUCGCCAACAACCCUUACGACUUGCCCUUCGUCGCGCUGUACACGGUCAGCGAAGUCGACAGCAAGCCAACGAAGAAGGAGGUUCGCGCGGGCUACAAUCGCUCGAACCGGCGGAUCAUCAAGCUCGAGAAUCGCGGUACGACCGGCAUUCCCGAAGGCCACCCUUUCCUCAUUCACGAAGCGCUCGUCGACAUCACCCCGCCCAAGUCGCGCCAGUCGUCUUCGUCCGCUUCGACCGGCACCGGCAGCACCGCAACCAUGCGGGACCGCCUCCUCGACGCCGCGACUCUUUCACCCGCUUCCGCCGCUGGCUCGCCAGCCGCACCCUCGUCCAGCUCGGGCUCGUCCGGCUCGAUCAGCGGCUUCAGCGCACAUGCUGCUUUCUUGCGAUGCGAAGAAGCGGCGAAUGGAUGGUCGUGGCCGCUCGAGGAGGCGUGCGUCAAGCGCGACCCUGUCCUGGUCGAAGACCUCGGCCCGCUCGCCGAGACGCUCGACCGCUCUCGAGGCUGGAGCUACCCGGCGCGACAGGCGGUCGUCCUCCCCGUCUUUGUCGAGGCGAAUCAGGUCGUCCCCGCCGCGGUGCUCGUCCUCGGCGUCAACUCGAUGGGACGGUACGACCACCUCCUCGAGACCUUCCACAACCUCGUCGCACGCCACGUCGCGAUCGGACUCUUUGCCGUCCUCGCAGCCGAACAAGACCGCAAGCGCGCCGAGGAACUCGUCCGACUCGACCGCGCCAAGUCUUCGUUCUUCUCGUCCAUCUCGCACGAGCUCCGCACGCCCCUCACGCUCAUUCUCGGCCCGCUCGAGGACAUCCUGUCGGGAUCGGAGAAGGAGAAGCUCGACCCGUCGCAGCGGGACAAGCUCCAGCUCGUCCAGCGACACAGCAACCGUCUCCUGACGAUGGUCAACAAGCUCCUCGACUUUUCGUCGAUCGAGGGCGGCCGCAUGAACUUCAAGUACCGCCCGGUGCAGAUUGGCGCCUUGACUCGCGACAUUGCCGUUCUCUUCCGAGACGCCAUCGAGCGGACCAAGAUCAAGUACACGGUCGAGUGCGACGACGAUCCGGCCGACUGCUUGCCAAUCUACAUGAGUCCGGACAUUUGGGAGAAGAUCUGCUUCAACCUGAUCGGCAACUCGUUCAAGUACUGCAUCAAGGGCGAGAUCACCGUCACGCUGCGGUCGACUCGCGCCGAGGCGGUCCUCAGCGUCAAGGACACGGGCAUCGGUAUCCCCGAAUCCGAGCUCGGCAAGAUCUUCGAGCGCUUCCACCGCAUCGAGGCCAACUCGAGGAUGGCGACCGGUACCGGCAUCGGCCUGGCGCUCACGCUCGAGCUCGUCAAGCUCGUUGGCGGACAGCUCGAGGUCGAGAGCGAGCUUGGCAAGGGAUCCAUCUUCACCGUCCGGCUGCAGCGAGGCCACACGCACCUUCCGAUCGAGCAAGUCGACCACACGCCCGAAGACACCGACUUUGUCGCGCAAUUCCAGAACCGCAACCUCGCCUUUGUCGAAGACGCAGCCUCGUGGCGCUACGAUGCGGAAGCCGAAGCCGCACUCGAGAUUGUCCCCAUGUCAAGCGACAGCUCGACAGCCGGCACCGUCGCGGGCAGCGAGCAGGGCAACUCGUCCGGCAGCGGCAGUGGCGAAGACUACCUGUCGGGUCCCGAUGUGCUCAGCCUCAAGAACCGGACCGUCGUGCUCGUCGACGACUCGCGAGACCUGCGGACGUACAUCUCGAGCCUGCUCUCCAAGCACUUCAACGUCGUCGCGUUCGCCGAUCCGCGAGAAGCGCUCAACUACAUCAACUCGACGCCGCCUUCACUUGUCCUGACCGACGCCAUGAUGCCCUACAUCUCUGGUCGCGAGCUCACGUCCAUCAUCCGCCGCAACCCGCAAACUGCUCUUAUCCCGAUCAUCAUGGUCUCCGCUCAAGCCGGAACCGAGGCGCGCGCCGAAGCUCUCGAGGGAGGCGUCGACGACUACCUCGCCAAGCCGUUCCAGGCACGCGAGCUGCUCGCACGGGUACGCGUCCACCUCCAGCUCGGCCUCAUGCGCGUCGAGCUCGAGCGGCGAGUCGAGGAGCGAACUCGCGCCCUCAUCGAGUCCGAGGCUCGCAACCGCGCCCUCGCCGAGCGGUACUCGAUGCUCUCGACCGUCUCGCCCGUCGGUGUCAUCCAGAUCAGCCCCAAGGGCGAGAUCUUGUACGGCAACCCACGCUGGUACGAGAUUGUCGGCAUGCCCAUCAACCGCCCGCUCUCCGAAUGGACCGAGUGGGUCACGCCCGACGACCAGCCGAAGGUCAUGCACCUCUGGAAGCUCGCGACAGAGGGCGGCACGGCAGACACGUCGGAGCGGCAGUUCCGAUUCACGAACGGUCGGUGGGCUCAGCUCGAGAUCCGCGCUUCGACCGAAGUCGGCCUUCCCGACGGUUACGUUGGCGCCCUUACCGACAUCACCCGCCAGAAGGAAGUCGAGAUGCUGCACAUCCGCGAAGUCGAGCAGCGAGCCGCCGAUGCCGAGGAGAACCGCAGGAACACGGAGAUGUUCCUCGACAUGUCGUCGCACGAGCUGCGGAACCCGCUCAGCGGUGUCUGGCAGAACGCCGAGGUCGUCUCGGCCUCGCUCGAGCGCUACGUCGAGCUGCUCGACAACCUGCGACAAGGGCAAUCCGUCUCGCACGAGGAGCUCGACGACCUGUACAACGAGAUGCUGGAGAACAUCGAAGCUGUGGAGUCGAUCAUCCUCUGCGCUUCGCACCAAGGCCGCAUCGCCGAUGACAUCCUCAACGUCUCGAAGCUCAACAUGGGUUUGCUCACGGUCAAUCUGAUGCCGUUCGAACUCGUUUCGCGCAUGAAGGACGUUCUCCGCGCUUUCGAGGUCGAGUGCUCGCAAAAGUCGAUCGCGCUUCGACUGCGUGCCGGCGACUCCGUCAAGGCGCUCGGUGCCGAGUGGAUUCGCGCCGAUCCGUCCCGCCUGCACCAGAUCUUGCUCAACUUCCUCACCAACUCGAUCAAGUACACCGCCGACUCUUCCGACCGUCGCAUCGUCGUCCACAUCGAGGCCUUCGAGACGCAGCCUCCCGUCAAUCCGCAAGCGAUGCGCGUCUCGCAGCCGCCGCCGACGGAGCUGGCGAAUGGAGUCUGGGUUGUCGUCGCUGUCGAAGACACCGGCCGCGGAUUGAGCGAGGAGGAGCUCAAGCGGCUCUUUGCGCGCUUCAGUCAGGCCAAGCCGUCGUCGGACCAGUAUGGCGGAUCGGGACUGGGACUCUACGUGUCGAAGAAGCUCGUCGAGCUUCACCGCGGCUUCAUCGAGGUCCAAUCGAAGCUCGGCGUCGGUUCAGUCUUCUCCUUCGCCAUCCCCGCCGAACGCGCCUCGCCGCCCGCCGACCCCGUCGCCAUCCCGACAGUGCCCGCUCUCGCCAUGGUGCCGACUGCUCGAAGCACGAAGCGUCCGCACACCGCCUCGAACGACGUACCGAAGGCUAACAAGAGCACCAAGAUCAGCCAGAGCCCGCGGCCAGAAGCCGAGGAUGGCCGGCCGAUCCGCAUCCUCGUCGUCGAGGACAACCUCAUCAACCAAAAAGUCCUGCUGCGCCAGCUCAAGAACGCCGGCUACGACGUCACCGUCGUCAACAACGGUCAGGAGGCCGUCGACGCUCUCGCAGCCGAUGCGAAGCAGACUUCGGAGGCAACCUCGCCCAACCUCUUCGCAGCCGUCAUCAUGGACGUCCAGAUGCCGGUCAAGACGGGCCUCGAGGCGGUCCGGGAGCUCCGCGAGUGGGAGCGAACAGGCCAGAUCAGCCACCGAUACCCCGUCUGCGCUGUCACGGGCAACGCUCGCGAGGCGCAGCAGAGCGAGUGCCUCGCCGCCGGAUACGACGACGUCGCGACAAAGCCGUACCGCCUCGAAGACGUCCUCGCCAAGAUCUCCAAGAUGACCGGCCUUCCAACCCCCAAGCCCAGCAAGUGA